UUUCCGGGUAAUGAUGUCCUAUAUCGAUAUAAUGGGGGAAAACGAUGAUUGCAAUAGUGAAUUGAGUGAACACGGGAGGUUUUUGACCAAAGGAGCCUUCCUACUCACCCCCUCCCACGACUUGAGCCUGGACAAAGCUGCCAACAUUUGUGACAAGCUCAACUUCAGGGGGAGUUUUUCUCUAACGAAAACUGCAACUGGGAUAUUAUUCAAGUUUUCGGAACCCGAAGAUUUCCAACAAGUAUUCAGGAAAGGUUUCCACAAGGUAACAGGAGGACGUCUCUAUAGAAAAGUUAACAUACCAUGCAGACCACAAAAAACAUUUUCACUUCUGGUACACGAAGUACCGAACGACCUACCAGAAGAUGAUAUUCGAGCAAGCUUAUACAGAUUCUGUUCAGUGGUAGAAGUCACCAGACUACCACCAAAGUUAGAUCAAAGUCCCGGAACCCCAAAUCCCAUCCGCGUUACCGUAGCAUCUCUGGAAGAAUAUAACAACUUGCUGCAACAAGGUCUGGACUUCUAUGGAGCUACCUACUUCCCAACCGAACCCUUAAAAAAAGACCUCAACUUCAGGGGUAGCAAAGAAAAGCUAUUACCAGUUUUCGAUUCCGCAGGAUUCUCUAGACUUCCACCUCCAGCAAGUAGGACCCUGAAACCUAGACCCUAAUACAGGGUUGUCCACUAUGAAAUCGACAUUUACGACCGUAGUAUCAACGUUCAUCACGAGUAUGGAAAAUUAGGGAGCUACCAUAUGGAACCCUUUCAAAUCAUUCUUAUCUGGAAGAGAAGGAUUCACCAAUCUCAUUCACAGCAAAUCAUUCAUGACGUAUUGGAUAAUUCUAGGAGAUUAGCUUGGUACCUGUUGAAGUUUAUGGCGAUAGCUUAGGAUUAUGCAUUUCAUCAAAGUUCCUAUAUAACACUACUUGUUUCUGUCAUUGUAAUGUUGUAAAUAUUAACAAAUAUAUGGUUUAUCUAAU